AUGGUGAAGAAGGUGAAGAGAGGAUUGUGGUCUCCCGAAGAAGACGAGAAGCUAAUAAAGUGUAUGAAGAAGAUAUUGAGUAGUGAUGGGGCGCAGGCCGCAUGUUGGAGCAGAGUGCCUAAAAUGGCAGGGCUAGAGAGAUGUGGGAAGAGCUGCAGGCUGAGGUGGAUAAACUACUUGAGGCCAGAUCUUAAAAGAGGGUGUUUCAGUGCAGAGGAGGAAAGGACAAUCAUCGACGUCCAUCGUAUCCUAGGCAACAGGUGGGCUCAGAUAGCCAAACAUCUUCCUGGCAGAACCGACAACGAGAUUAAGAACUUUUGGAAUUCCUCCAUCAAGAAGAAACUUCUUGCCCAAGGUCUUGAUCCUACUACCCACAAUCUCCUCCCCGUAUCUACUAUUAAUACUGUUUAUAAUCAUCAUCAUCAACCAAUUAUUAUUCCCCAAUCCCCUGUCACCUCCAACUACAAUAAUAAAACGACCUACUUAACUACUCCGCUACCCCUACCCAUGAACUUUGAACAUCAUCAUUUGGGUGUGAAUAAUAAUAGUAAUAUUAUUGAUGAUAGCAGCGAGGCUUUGCUGAGGAAUAAUAUGUCGAAGAAAGUUAAUGAUGAUAAUAGUGUGGGUAUGGUUGCGGAAUAUCAACUGGGAAUGGGAAAUAGAGAGAUUAAUAAUAAUGUUAUGAUGAUGCAGCAGCUGCAACAUGAUAUUGAUGGCGAUGGUGAUAAUUAUGAAACCACAUGUCAUAGUAGUACUAGUACUGUUGUUGAGUUCCACGAUUUUGAUUUCUAUUUUGAGGACUCCAUGGCACUCAUGCCAAAUAUUCCACCAAAUUCUCUCCUUACCACUUACCCUUAUUCGUCCAAUCAAUUUCAAUUUACUUAG